UCUAGGUCGCAUACUUUAGUUUGCAACGCCACCGCUACUUUUAUUUCCGUUGCAUUGUGGAAGGUACAGUUUUUCUUCUGGUGUUCUGUGGUACCUGCGGUACCUAGACAAAUUUCAAGCAUAGAGUUUUCUACAAAAAGUUAUUAUUCCAAGGACCGCAGGUGUCCAAAUUUUCACCUCGUAACCUCGGCUCCUCACACAUGCGCAGAAAGAGCGGUAAAAUCCAAUUUGAUGUGCAGGUUGCUUUACCGCAUGCUUUACCGAGACAGCGACGGUAACGCCGGUUCUGUGCCAGCAUAUGUGCCAGUUUCGCGUUGCUGUAGACAGCAUCGACCUUUCGUCCUUACAAGAUGCAGAGCUUCGUCACAAUUGCCACCGCGAAGCUUCCGCGACCCCUAGCCAACCUCUCGACCUCGGCGCGGCGGCGCCUGUGCAGUAAGAGUGACCACCAGAGACUGAUCGUGUGCGAGCAGCUGGCCAAGUCGCGCAAGUUGGUGCGACUUCGCGGUGCCGAGAGCCUCGCCUUCUUGCAGGGUCUGGUCACCAACGACACGCGGCACCUGAGUGCGACGGAAGGGGCGGCUGGCGGCAAGCCCCGCCGCUGCAUGUACGCGCUCAUGCUGAAUAGCGUCGGGCGCGUCCUCUACGACCUGAUCAUCUACCGACCGGGGACCGGCGAAGACGAAGUGCUCGUCGAGUGUGACGCCGAUGCCCGCCAGGGCUUGCUGCGACUGCUCCAGCUCUACCGGUUGCGCAAGCCCAUCGAGAUCGGGCCGUGCGACGACCUGGACGUGUGGGCAGUCUUCCACCCGUUCUGCGGCGCUGUGGAUGAACCGCCGCCCGCUAGCGAUCACUGGCCGUACACGACGAAGGGCCGCUGCGUUGUGCGCGAUCCGAGGCUCAGCCUCCUGGGGUCGCGAGUGCUAGCGGACGCCGGAGAGGACCUGACGAGCACCGACCCGACUUUGGUGCGCGCUGCCGAAAGCAAAGAACCGAGCUACGCGCACCUUCGAAUGCAGCUGGGCGUGGGCGAAGGGCUUCGCGAGCUUCCUCCGGCGGCUUGCUUUCCCCUGGAGUGCAACGCGGACUACAUGGGCGGCGUGAGCUUCCACAAGGGCUGCUACGUGGGUCAGGAGCUCACGGCGCGAACCCACCACACGGGCGUGGUGCGCAAGCGGCUCAUGCCGGUCGUGAUGCUGCACGAACCGAACACGUCGCUGCCGCCUGACGCGGUCGUGCGGGACGCGGCCGGCGCGGCGCUGGGCAAGCUUCGCGCGCACCGGGGUCCGCUGGGACUGGCGCUGCUGCGCGUCCGGGAGGCCCUGGCUGCCGACAUGCUGCAGGUGGAGGGCGUGCCGCUGAGCGUCACCAAGCCUGGGUGGUGGCCGCGCCAGGUCGCGAGGCCGGCCGCUGCAGUCGCCGAGGGACAGGCGACCACGUAGACCUCGAUCUAGCUACGCCCGGGCCGGACCUCGUGCCCCUGUUUGGGCCAGCGUGUACCUAGUCCUUCGGAAGUGCAGAGGCCGCUAGUGUCGACGUUUGCCCUGUGGAGUCUUCUAUUACACCGCAAGCGUGGGAUGACGUAUGUCACCAGCGCACAUACGCCUUACAGACUUUCAGUAAUAGUCGCAGUCACGUUGCGUGAUCGUGGAGUAUGCAGUGCCCGGCCCGACACGGCUUUCACGUUGUAGUUGAUUAUUUCCAAACGCCGGCUGUACAGUUUUCUUCUGCAUAACUUCAACAGAACUCCAAUGCUACUGACGCAACUCGGCGAAUCGGUGGAAACUUGACGAAUGGGAAACACGCACAGCACAUACACUGCUGCAAUUGCCAUCAUGUUCCAUUUGGUUUUUUGUAGCACUUUGCAGGGCUUUGUACUAGACCAUGCUUCCAAGGACAAAGCCCAAAAACUCGUAUUUUUCCAUGUCUAACCAAGCCAUUGCUGGCUACAAGUUCGGUAGCAUCCAUGAAAAUCCUGGAAUUGGAACACCUCAGGAAGUGACCUUCAACAUGUAGGGCUUACCUGAGCAUGAACAUGUCGCGAAUAUAUACUCAAGUGGUGGUGUAGUCGCUUUGGCAUUGAGCUGCUAAGCCGAAAGGUGCGGGAAUGAAUCCUGGCUGCGGCGGCCGCAUUUCUAUGGAGACAAAAUGCAAAGACACCGACGUACCAUGCAUUGGGUGCUCUUUAAAGAACCACAGGUGAUAAAAAUUAGUCCGCUACGGCGUGCCCCAUGAUCAUAACGUGGUUCUGGCACGUCAAACCCCACAAUUUAAUUCAAUGUCAAACUAGGUACUACUGUUUGAAGUUCAUCUGGCUGAUUUAAAUUCCUGCCUAUAAUGAUAAUCCUGCAGUUUGUGUACAAUUGGCAAGAACAGUUUUGUUUUAUAAAAUCUACCAGAUGAGGUGAAUAACUUUAAAGGUGACAUGGUCUUCAGCCAUGUUAAAUUCCUGCUAGGUCACCAUUGUUAGACUAAUGUUUCCGACUAGCUCAUAAAUUUUUACAGCUCAAAGGGUAAGUUGAAAAUGAGCAGAACAAUCGUGCACUUUGCACACAAGAUUUAAUCGGGUAUAUACUUAAUAUUUAUGGCCUUACCGCUAUGAUAUGGCAUUUGUUUAGUGAGUGAUUUUCAUAACAGAACAUAUAGAGUGAACGUGAAACAACAUAGAUACAGAAAAUUCAAGCGCUUUGUCAACAUGUCCUAUUAUUGGUGGCAACAUGCAGGGUUGUGCAUUGUACUUGGGUAGCUGUCUAGUUUUGAAGUGCACUGUCCUCACUACAUACCGAGCGAUGUUAGAGAGCAAUAGUUUGCUAUAUGUUUGUGUGCAUUGGACAUGGGUGCGUUUUGCUAGCACUUGAUGUGCCUGGUUCUAGUCAUUUGUUAAAUAAGUUACUGGUAGUUUUCUAGCAUUUUCUUAACAUAGAUGUGCAGCACUUUGACAGGUGCGUCUGCUUACGAAAAAAAAUUGGAACACUGAAGCAAAAUUCAAAAGCCUGAUCUCUUCGCAACCAAAAUGCUGGUAAAAAAAAGAAUGAAUGCACUAUACAAAGUUCUUUAUCAAAAGUUUUUAAAGUGCUCUGCAAGUGCCAGAGUAACACGCAGAAAUAGCAGUCGAAGCGAGUGACUGCUCAAGAUGUGCCCUCCAUUUAGUAGGAAUCCUGAAAUUAGCACCAGUUUUAAGAUGAGCAUCCCGAAAAUGUAGUGGCUGUUUCAUGUACAGAGAGAGAGAGAUGGAGGAAAGGGGAAAGGCAGGGAGGUUAACCAGAGGGGAAGAUUAGGUUUGCUACCCUACGCUGGGGAAAGAGGGGAGAGGGAGGUAAAGUGAUAACAAAGUAAAGAUAAAGAAAGAAAGGAGCACAGACAUACAAUCACAGUUGGUCACUGUUGCCGCACACUGUCGCCGCACAGCACAGUAGCACUUGCAGCACUAUGAACAUCUGUUCAUGCUACAGCCGCUUGUCCAAUUCUGUAGCCCUUAAAUACUGCAACAGUGCUCUCGUCGCCCUCUGCUGCGAUGGCUUAUGAUGGCAGCAUUUUAGGUGGUGAUAAACUUUAUUGAAAGGGGGAAGGGUAAAGGGGGACGUGGCUGAGGGAUUGGGCUCAAGUAAGGCCUUGGGCCUGCUUGGUCUUCUCCGCCCAGUCCACCAGCUCAAGCUGUCGGUCGACGCCCCCGGAACUGAGCCAGGCUGUCCAGUCAGUCUCGCUGCUGACGGGGGGAUGAGAUAACAGGAGCGAGGUGCAUUCCCACAUUAUGUGUGUGAGUGUUCCUGUUUCUGAACAGAGCCUACAUUGGUCGCUUUCCUUGCCCCCUGUGAUUUUGUUUAUGUACUUUGGGUGUGGGUAUGUGUUUGUCUGAAGUCGCCGAAACGCGACUGCUUGCGUUUUGUCAAGUUGCUUGGCCGGUGGUGGGAGCGCGCGACGCCUCAAGCAUUUUAAUAUAACUAGGCAUUUUAAUGUAACUUCCUCUGUAAGAGGUCUUCGGUCAAAGCGCCCUAUCGCGUUUGCGAGUGGUCGUGUCUGUAAAUUAUAGCAAGGACAGCCACAGAGAAGGUGCUCAAGAGUCUCCUCGUUACCACAGUUAUCACACGAGGCGUCGUCGGCCCAUCCGAUGUGGAAAGCGAAAGACUUGGUGAACGCCACCCCUAGCCAUAUUCGAAAAAGCAGGGUAGCUUCGCGACGGCAGAGUCCAGCUGGAACACAAAGGCGUAGAGAAGAGUCUAGGUUGUGCAGCCGGUUGCUUUGAAAACUUUCUGCAUUCCACAAGGAGAACGUGAUAUCUCAGCUGAGCAUUCGAAGUUUUCUUGCGGCAUCUGUGCUUGAUAAUGGUAUCGGCUCCUCUUCGUCGCCUUGAAGAGCCGACCAAGCAGCGUUAUCGGCGUGUUCGUUUCCUAUGACGCCGCAGUGACUUGGAAGCCACUGAAAUGUCACGUGGUGUCCUUUCUCAGUCAAGGAAGGUAUGGAUUAGUUCUCUAAUCUCGUAUACCAGUUGUUCGUGUGGUCCGCGCCGCAGGGCUGAUACCAAAGACUGCAGCGUUGCCUUCGAGUCACUGAAUAUUGACCAUCUUCGAGGUUGUCCUUGGCUGACGAGACAAAGUUCAGCGCGAAGAGCUGCAAGCUCCGCAGCCAUCGGUGUCGUUGGGUGACAUGUCUUGAAACUGAUGGUGGUGGCUUUCGCUGGGAAAACCAUGGCCCCAGAGGAACACUGGAGAGUUGCCGAUCCAUCAGUAUAAAUAUGUACGUGGUCAGCGAACCUCUCGUGCAAAAGGAGCAGAGUUGUUUAAGAGCAGGUGAUGACAGCUCAGAUUUUUUCCUGAUUCCUGGUAUGGUGAGGUGCACUGCAGGUCGAGCCAAACACCAUGGAGGAAUUGAUGGCUUAGUUGCGGGGGUGAAGCCUGAUGGAAGGCAGGUGUAAUAAUCCGCAAUCGUGGUACAAAAUGACGCCUGCGGCCUUUUUGACGGUAGUUUUGCCAGAUGGUGGGAACGGGCACGGGCAACGUGCCUAAUGUGCACUCUCAACACUUUCAGUUUCAUGUACAAUUUUUCCAUGAGGUCUUUGCUAUGCAGUGCAAAGGAAAACUAUGAAAAACAUCUAUGUGUAGUGGGGAUGAAGCAUCGCACGCAGCAGUAGAGCACUGUCUAGGCGGCAGGUUCGAGCGCAGAUCACGAGACGCCGGCUGAGACUGUCUUUGCUAUGCCCGUCCUGCAGUCCUUCCGCCUGCCGUCCAACCUUGAUAGAUCCCCAACCUUAAUAGAUCCCCUUUCAAAGUGGUGGAGGUGCUAGGUAUUCAAACCUGGAACUCCAAAGUCUGACGCUACCAACUGCCACGACAAUGCCUGACAAAACCACCCAGCUGGCUGUCGCCAAAUCCCCUCACGUUUUCGCAACUGGCACACUGCGCCAGUGCGAUCCUCCCUUCUUUAGUGGAACAGAUGACCACGAUGUGGAAGAUUGGUAGGCGACAUUCGAAAAGGUGAGCGGCCACAAUAAGUGGGACUACCCUUCGAAACUCCAGAAUGUCUAGUUUUAUCUCGGAUGUCACAAACCUGUGGUACCACAACCACGAGUCCGACUUCCCUACAUGGAAUACAUUCAAGAAACACUUCGCACAUGUGUUCGACCGCCCUGCCGUGCGCAAACCCUGCGCCAAACAGCGCCUCCGCGGACGUGCGCAGCCACAAGGUGAAAAUUUUACUAGCUACAUAGAAGACGUGAUCGACUUAUGUAAGCACCUGAAUCCUUCCAUGACCGAGCAAGAGAAGAUUAAACACAUCCUGAAAGACAUUGACGAUGAUGCCUUUCAAAUGGUGCUGGCCAAGGACCCACGCACCGUUGUUGAGCUUACGACCUUGUGCCAGAGCUUUGAUGAGCUAUGCAAACAAUGCGUCUUAGUUCGGCCAAUAACAACAGACGAUUCUCUCGCCGUUUUAACCACAUCUGGUGACCACAAUAUGCUACUGUCACAAAUCAAAGAAUACGUGCGUGAGGAAGUGGCACGGCAGCUCUCGUGUUUGCCGUAUUUGCAGACUCCAGAAGUGCCUACGCACAAUGUAGCGCCAUCUGUCACAAAAGUUAUUCAGGAGCAAGUCUCCGAGGUGCUGCUGCCCACCUCUCAGCCGAGACCUGUUGCCGCACCACUCACUUAUGCGGCUGCCAACAUUGGCCCCUCAACCACUCCCACAGCCACCGGCGCCAUCCCCUAAUGCACAGCAGCCCAUUGUAAAUCCGUGGCGCACUGCUGACAACCAACGAAUAUGCUACGCUUGUGAAAUUCCGGGUCACGUUACAUGCUUCGGUCGUCGGCGCUACACGGCAGCCCCAGGUGCACCUGGUACCACGACUAUUCUCUCCCGCCCCAGUACUACACGCCACAGGACGCACCACCUGAUCUGUACAACCGAGACCCUCAGCCUGACUCCGCCUUUCAACCCUUCCCUUCUCGUCGCUCAGCCUCACCAUGCCGCCAAUCUUUGUCACCUAUGUGUCACUGACCCAGUGCUGAGACGGAAAACUGACUGCCGCAGCUCCGGAGGCACGAGCUGCGUCAUUGGCGACCUGUGUAAGUCCUCGCUUGUCCCCCGCCAAUUUCGUCGAAGUUUUUAUUGAAGGUGAACUCUUGCGCUCGUCAAUACCGGUUCCACUACAUCCGUCAUUAGUCAGAAAAUUUGCCAUUCUCUUCGUAAAGUGACAAUGCCAUUUACAGCGUUUUCCCUCAAUACUGCAAGCGCACAGCGAAUUUAUCUGGUUGCAGCCUGCACGGCUAAAGUCAUCAUUGGAGAUGUGCUCUACAACAUUGAGUUAAUUGUGUUAACUUCGUGUUCACAGGAUAUGAUCCUUGGGUGGGAUUUCUUAUCGCACCAUCACGCCGUUAUAGACUGCGCUCGCGCUCAGAUGGAGCUGUCUGUGUUUGGCGAUGCACCUUCUGCCCAUGUGCCCGUGCCUGGUGUUGACAAGCUUGUUGUGGCUGCUGACACAACCCUUUCCUCUCUCAGUGCCGCCGUUGUUCCUAUUUACUGUGCUGCCCUUUCUGAAACUACAUUUGUGUUCACGCCGUCUGACGUAUUCAGUCGCCGCCACCAUACGUCACUACCAUUUGCCGUUCUAGCACUUCCCAACAGGAUGCCUCCGGAAUACUAAUUUCCAACACUACCUCAUGCCCUCUCACAUUACGCCGCAAUGAGAUGCUUGGCCGCAUUCAGUCAAUCACCGGUGAUGUUAUCGUUCCUAUUGAUUCCUCCGAGCCACUUUCCAAGCCUGAUCUGAAUGCGUUGACACUGCUUCUCGGAUCCGCUGACGUGUCCUUGGACGUAUUUUUCCCAUCCAUCGACAGCAACCUCGUUCCGGAUCAACAUGCGUAUCUUGUUACCCUUCUGACCGAGUUCAGAAGUUCGUUUGACUUCCACCAAGCAUCGUUAGGUCGAACGAGCACCAUUGUCCCCAGAACCAAUUGACCCCGGAACCAACACCCCUUUGCAACAGUGUCCCUACUAUGUAUCACCAGCAGAGCAUCGUAUAAUUAUGGAGCAAGUUAACGACGUGCUUCAGUGUGGAGUCAUUCAGCCUUCCUUGUAGUCCUUGGUCAUCCCCCAUUGUGCUGGUCAAGAAGAAAGACGGUUUAAUUAGGUUCUGUGUGGAUUAACAGUGUCUCAACAAAAUUACUAGAAAAGAUGUUUACCCUCUUCCCCGCAUAGACGACACCCUCGAUUGCUUGCAGGGCACCAAAUUCUUCACUCGACCUGCGUUCGGGUUCUUGGCAAGUCCUGAUGGCAGAGUGUGAUCAUUUAAAGAUGGCAUUCAUCACCCCGGAUGGUCUGUACGAAUUCAGUCACGCCAUUUGGACUUUGCAAUGUGCCUGCAACAUUUGAGCGAAUGAUGUACAGCAUCCUACGUGGUCUAAAAUGGCAGAUGUGUCUGUGUUAUCUAGAUAACGUCGUCGUGUUCGCCCCAGAUUUCGCUAUACACCUCACCCAUCUGCACACGAUUCUCCAGUGAUUUACCAAUGCAAGCCUUCAAGUCAACCUGAAGAAGUGUCACUUUGGUGCUCGCCAGCUCACCAUACUAUGCCAUGUAGUCUCAAAACAUGGGAUUCUUCCCGAUUCUUCCCGUCGCGACUCUGACAAACUUCGCGCCAUCGCAAUGUUUCCUAAGCCGACCACCGUAAAGGAACUGCGCAGCUUUGUCCACAACUUUUCCGGCAUCAUAGCACCGCUUGCGAAGCUCCUUGCUAGCCCUGGUAACCUUUCCGAUUGGACUCAAGCCUGUGACAAUGCCUUCACUACAUUACGGCAUCUGCUUACCUCACCACCCAUUCUGUGCCAUUAUGACCAGGCUGCACCAACCGAAGUACACACGAGCAACGCAAACCAGGCUUCUCCGAGUAUGUUGUCGCUUGUGCUAGCCGUGCCCUCACCAAGGCGGAAUCCAACUACUUGGUAACUGAAAAGAAGUGUCUCGCGAUUGUGUGGGCAAUAAGCAAGUUUCGUCCCUACUUAUACGGCCACACUUUCGAUGUGGUGACUGACCAUCACACACUGUUUUGGUUGGCAUCCCUGAAGGAUCCUUCUGGUCGCCUUGGACGUUGGGCUCUUCACCUACAAGAGUUUGACAUUCGUGUGGUGUACAGAUUGGGGCAAAAACACUCUGACGCGGAUGCGAUCUCCCGUGAAAUCGACUGCAGAAUGGCAUUCAACUGGUGCGUUUCCCUUGGCUGCUCUUACUGCCAUAAGCAUGCCUUCUGAACAGUGAAAAGACUUCUGGAUCGUCUCCCACCUGAAUGUUCUUUCCGCUCCGCCAACUUCUGCACACCCACGUGCACUUCGCCGCCAAGCCACGCAUUUUGCUAUAUGGGACGAACUAUUAUAUCGUCGCAACUAUCAACCAGAGGGCCGUAAUUGGCUGCUCGUCAUCCCUAGCCAUAUGCAGUCCAAUGUCUGCAUGUCUGCACCUACUUUCAUGCUGACCCUCAACAUGCUCACACUGGUGCGCUGAAAACAUGAGCAGCUCCGAUAACGUUAUUACUGGUGUGGCAUGUACACGUGUCCACAUAUACAUGCAGUCUUGCCAAUUGUGUCGAAGACGGAAACCAUUUCCCCAUUCGCCCGGUCUCCUGCAGCCUUUACCGUGUCCUGCACACCCCUUCGACCUUGUCGGCAUCGAUCUUUAUGGCCCACUUCCAUGCUCUGUCACUGGUAACAGAUGGGUCAUCGUCGCCAUCGACCACUUAACGCGGUAUACGAAAACGGCUGGGCUUCCUUCGGCUGGUGCUCGUGACGUUACAAACUUUGUCUUGCGUCGUUUCAUCCUCCAGCAUGGCGCACCACGCAAACUAUUCAGCGACAGAGGGCGUGUUUUAUCCGAUGUCCUUCAGGAGCUCCUUCGUUCAUGCCGUACAGUUCACCGCACAUCUACAGCAUACCACCCGCAGACCAACGGACUAACGGAGUGCUUUAACCGCACGCUGGGAGACAUGCUGUCUAUGUACAUUACUUCUGAACACUCUAACUGGGAUGUUCUUCCCUUCGUCACUUACGCAUAUAAUACCGCGACACAGUCGACAAGCGGCUUUUCCCCAUCUUUUCUUUUGUAUGGCCGCAAACCAUGCACCACACUCGACACCAUUUUGCCAUAUCGUCCGGACGCCUCCGAAUUCAGCCCAGUUUCUGAAAUGGCUCAAUAUGCUGAAGAGUGUCGGUAGCUGGCCCGCUCCUUUACUUCAGACAAUCAAGCCCUCCAAAAACAUCGCCAUGACCGCACACCGACUACUGAAGCUUUCACCGUUGGCUCCCUCGUCUGGCUCCGCAAGCCGUUUCAUUCCCCUUGCCUGACUCCUAAGUUUGCCCCCAAGUGCCAAAGCCCAUAUCGGGUCAUCAAGUCCCUGUCUACCGUCACCUAUGUUGUUGAGCCGAUCACCUCAUCCUACGACAAGCGUUGUCUUGGCCGCCAGGUGGUCCACGUGAGCUGCCUCAAACCAUAUCAUGACCUCCUUAUUCUCACGUCGCCUUGAGUCGCCAGGAUGGCUUCCCUUCACCACCGGGGUGCUGUAGUGGGGAUGAAGCAUCGUGCGCAGCAGUGGGACACUUUCUGGGCAGCAGGUGCGAGCGCAGAUCGCGAACUGUUGACGCUGGCUGAGACUGCCUUUGCUGUGCCCGUCAUGCGGUCCUUCCGCCUGUCGUCCAACCUUAAUAAACCCGCUUUCAUAUGUA